AUGUACCGGUACGUUUGGUCGCUGGUCUGCUGGUACCUGAGGCCGAUAAUAAAGUGGUUCCUCCGGCAGACGACGUCGAUGUGUGAGCUCCAGAGGAUUUGCUACGGUGAGCCCUCGGGGGCCAAAAGAACACUCGCAGUCGAGAAUUCCUUGUACCAGUCCCGGAACCCGGAAAUCAAAGCGUUGGUAAUUACUCUUGACGAGCUGACCGAGCGUAGGGGUUUCAAUGCCAAGACUGAGAGGAAGGUCCUCGAGGACGCCAUCAGGACUGUCCUGCUGGCCAAGAAAAUUAAUCCUGUAGCGCACCCUGAUUUCGCCAAGACCUUCGGCAAGUGCGUCGAGCUGAUCUGGGGGUACAGGCAGCUGGUAUUUGAAAUUGAGGAGCUCAGGAAAACUGGGUAUGAUUCUAGUAAUCCGGAGCAUGAAGUGAUCCUGCUUAAGCUAUGGAAUCUUUUGAAGCCUGAUGAACCUCUUGAGGCUAGGGUUACUAAGCAGUGGCAGGAUAUUGGCUUUCAGAUGUACCGGUACGUUUGGUCGCUGGUCUGCUGGUACCUGAGGCCGAUAAUAAAGUGGUUCCUCCGGCAGACGACGUCGAUGUGUGAGCUCCAGAGGAUUUGCUACGGUGAGCCCUCGGGGGCCAAAAGAACACUCGCAGUCGAGAAUUCCUUGUACCAGUCCCGGAACCCGGAAAUCAAAGCGUUGGUAAUUACUCUUGACGAGCUGACCGAGCGUAGGGGUUUCAAUGCCAAGACUGAGAGGAAGGUCCUCGAGGACGCCAUCAGGACUGUCCUGCUGGCCAAGAAAAUUAAUCCUGUAGCGCACCCUGAUUUCGCCAAGACCUUCGGCAAGUGCGUCGAGCUGAUCUGGGGGUACAGGCAGCUGGUAUUUGAAAUUGAGGAGCUCAGGAAAACUGGGUAUGAUUCUAGUAAUCCGGAGCAUGAAGUGAUCCUGCUUAAGCUAUGGAAUCUUUUGAAGCCUGAUGAACCUCUUGAGGCUAGGAACCUGGUGUUCUUCGCAGACGAGUAUCCAAUAGCAGCUCGCCACGCAUUAUUACACUCGGUGCACCCGAGAUACGGCUACGCGUUCGCGAUAGUCGGGAUCAACAUCACCAGUAUGGCCUGGAGGCUGCUCCGGGACGGAGCAGCCAAAACCCACGUCUACAAUUCCUCAAAGACUCUCCCGGGAGUCCGUGCCUUUCACCAGUUCUUCAGCUACCUCUUCUACGCGUUCGACGAGUUCUGGAUCGAGAGCAAGCCCACCAAUAUGAUGGAGUUCUCUUCUAUAUCCCAGAAAUUCGAGAACAGCAUCCGCACUGCACUCGCUAACCCUGCGACUGUCUUUCGGCUCAAUCCCAGUCUCGACAAAAUUUAG